GGCCUGGUGGAGGCGGUGGCAGCUGAGCGGCUGCUGCGGGAUGGUCCCAACGAGCUCCGUCCUCCUCGGGGGACCCCUGAAUGCGUCAAGUUUGGGCGACAGUUGGCCGGGGGCCUCCAGUGCCUGAUGUGGGUGGCGGCGGCCAUUUGCCUCAUCGCCUACGGUGUCCAGGAGGGAGAGGGUGACCGUGGCAGCUCCGACAACCUGUAUCUCGCCAUCGCCCUCAUCGCCGUCGUCGUGGUCACCGGUUGCUUUGGUUACUACCAAGAGUUCAAGAGCACCAACAUCAUCGCCAGCUUUAAGAACCUCGUUCCUCAGCAAGCCACGGUGAUCCGGGAAGGGGACAAACUACAGAUCAACGCCAACGAGUUGGUGGUCGGUGACCUGGUGGAGAUCAAAGGUGGAGAUCGAGUUCCUGCAGACAUCCGGAUCAUCUCAGCUCAAGGUUGCAAGGUGGACAACUCAUCGUUGACGGGAGAGUCGGAGCCUCAAACGCGCUCACCUGAGUGCACCCAUGAUUCACCCUUGGAGACCCGCAACAUCGCCUUCUUCUCCACCAUGUGCCUUGAAGGGACAGCCAUGGGGUUGGUGAUCAACACGGGUGACCGGACCAUCAUUGGACGCAUCGCCAGCUUGGCCUCAGGUGUGGAGAACGAGAAGACACCCAUCGCCAUCGAGAUAGAGCACUUUGUUGACAUCAUCGCCGGCCUCGCCAUCUUCUUCGGGGCCACCUUCUUCGUGGUGGCCAUGGUCAUUGGCUACCCCUUUCUCCGUGCCAUGGUCUUCUUCAUGGCCAUCGUCGUGGCCUACGUCCCUGAGGGGCUGCUGGCCACUGUCACG